AUGCGCUGCACUGAACGAUUGCUAAAGUGGUUGUGGCAUGUGAAUGGAUCACAACCGGAGGAUCACAAUCAGAUUGCUUUAUGCGGUGGUGCGUUGAGUUUCGUUCAAAUGGAACACACUCUGCAACAACAUUCGAUCACUCACUCACGACCCGAACAAUCAGAGGAAGUAGCAGAAGAAGAAACGGCUAGUAUGGUUGGCAUAAUAUUUGGUGGUAAUUCAUUAAACGCUUCAUCAUUCAUCCUAUCAAAACAUAUCGUUGAAAGAGAAGAUGUUGAGAAAGAAUUAGUACAAUGGAAGGUAUUAUCAGUGGUGUUGUUGUCAGAUUUUGUUAUCUUAUUAAUAUUACACUAA